AAAGCGCGAGCUCCGUGUGGGCGACACGCGGGGGCGCGAGGAGGGAGGUGCCGGGCACCGCGCCGCGCUGGGGCGCUGGGAAUCGGCCUUCGCUGCCGCGAUUGGGCGCCCAGCGACUUGGGCUGGGAAUCCUCUGCUCCGAGGACGCCGGGCGGGGGCGCUCGACGGGUAUCGAGCGGUUUCGAGAAAGUCUCAUGGCCGGAAGUCGCCGACCUCUGGGGCCUGGAUUUAUCUCACAAAAGAGUACUUCGUCAGGAAAAUGAAGCACUGGAAGUGCUUCUCAAAGGCAUCAGUUACUGAUGUUCUGAAACCAGAUAAGCCAUGCUCAGGAAAAGACCACAAAGUGCAUUUGUCAAAUACUGUAAAGGGAACGGCAGCACAACAAACUAAUAAAGAUAUUUCAGCCCAAAGGAUACAGAGAGCUUGGUUAUCUCAUAUGGACAAAACAAUAUUUCAACUCCUAAAGCACACGAUUCGUGCAGCAGAACUUCGUGUGACACAUCAAAUACUGAAGGAAGUGAGCCCCUUAGAGGCUGAGCUUGUGAAAGAUCCUAGCAUGAAGUGUAAAGUUAGAUUCAGAUUUAGUGGUGAAACAUUUCCGCCUGUCAUCGCAUUUAAAAUUUUUCUUCAUACCGAAGGACAUGGUUACAACUAUUUCAGUGGAAAAAAAUUCUUAAAGCCAUCGAGUGAGGCAGUGGCCGAUGCUUGCAAAAUAAUGGGGAAAAGGAGAUUUUGUCAUCAAGUUAUGGAAGAGGAACGUUUUUUCCAGAAGUUCAAAAUAACUGAUGAAAUUGAUAUUGUCACCCUGCAAGAUUACAUGCAAUACUCCAGUCUUCUGGAUGAGACUCCUGCAUCCUAUGGUGGCAGAAAUAACUACUGGCGAAAAUUAAACCUCAAAAACAUCCCCAGGACGAUGAUAAUAUAUGACAUAGUUCAUUUUGCAGAGUCUGGAAUAAUCUCACACCGUCUACAAAAAGAAAUGAAGUAUCUGUUACAGAAGCCACAAACGGAAGAGAUGCGUAAGCACCAGCUACGGAUUGUUUCUGAAGUUAGAUGCCCUUCAUCCUUUCCAACUAUCCAACCUUUGUAUGGGCCCUACCAACAGCAGAGUCAAAUUCAACAUCUGGGUCGUCUAUCUAAGCAAGCUCAAAUGAAGGUUGAAAAAAUGAAAAAAGCUUACAAGAUGGCUAAAGAAAAAAAUGCUUCUGUGGGGACUGAACCACAGACAGAUACAUCACGUACAAAGCAAAAAAAGACAGUCAUCUUCUCCCCAUCUUCUGACAUCAUGAAAGUUGAACCCAUGUCAGAUGAGGAAUUGAAAAAAGAAGAAAAGGAAUUAUUUGCCUGGUGUCAAGGCUUGUGUAUUAAUAGUUCUCCAUCAUAUCAAUGCACAGCUAACUGAUAGAAACCCAAAUCAUUUAACAAUGUGCUUGUCUUGCUAAUAUGAGUAUUAAAGGACAAUGAAAUGUCCACAAGCCCUCGGGAUGCUCUCUUAACCAAAUAAAUGUGUGACCGAUUCUUAA